GCCGGGAACGCCCCCUCCCCUGCGCUCCGCGAUCCCCGAGCCAACUCGGCUCCAACUUUUCGCCACCCGUGAGAUUCUUCCCUCUCCACCCCGGCUCCGGGGACCCCCUUCUUCCAUCCCCGGGAUCCACUCCAUCCCUGCUCUCCCUUCUCUAAGGCUCCCUCCAUCCUCGCCUCCCCGCGCUCGGAUCCCCGCGCUCCGGGCACCUCUCCAACGCCCGGGUCCCCCGCCCCGACCCCGGGUCCCCCGCCAGCCAGAGCCCGGGUGGGCGCCGGGUCCUGCACCUCCCCGCAUGGCCGCCGCCCCUUCCCAUCCCGCUGGCCUCCCAGGCUCUCCCGGGCCGGGGUCUCCUCCUCCCCCGGGCGCCCUGGACGUGCAGUCGCCAUCCGCGCUGCUGACCCCGGCCCCGGGCCCCGGGGGCGUCUCCUUCCACAUCCAAAUCGGACUGACCCGCGAGUUCGUGCUGUUGCCCGCCGCCUCCGAGCUGGCCCACGUGAAGCAGCUGGCGUGUUCCAUCGUGGACCAGAAGUUCCCCGAGUGUGGCUUCUAUGGCCUUUAUGACAAGAUCCUGCUCUUCAAGCAUGACCCCACGUCGGCCAACCUCCUGCAGCUGGUGCGCUCUGCGGCAGACAUCCAAGAGGGCGACCUGGUGGAGGUGGUGUUGUCAGCCUCAGCCACCUUUGAGGACUUCCAGAUCCGCCCCCACGCCCUGACCGUGCACUCGUACCGCGCACCGGCCUUCUGCGACCACUGCGGGGAGAUGCUUUUCGGCCUGGUGCGCCAGGGCCUCAAGUGCGACGGCUGCGGGCUGAACUACCACAAACGCUGCGCCUUCAACAUCCCCAACAACUGCAGCGGGGCGCGCAAGCGGCGGCUGUCAUCCACGUCGCUGGCCAGUGGCCAUUCGGUGCGACUGGGCAGCUCCGAGUCCCUGCCCUGCACGUCCGAGGAGCUGAGCCGCAGCACUACGGACCUGCUGCCGCGCCGUCCCCCGUCCUCGUCCUCUUCUGCCUCCUUCUACACCGGCCGCCCCAUCGAGCUGGACAAGAUGCUGCUGUCCAAAGUGAAGGUGCCACAUACCUUCCUCAUCCACAGCUACACGCGCCCCACGGUCUGCCAGGCUUGCAAGAAGUUGCUCAAAGGCCUCUUCCGCCAAGGCCUGCAGUGUAAAGACUGCAAGUUUAACUGCCAUAAACGCUGUGCCACCCGUGUCCCUAAUGACUGUCUGGGAGAGGCAUUUAUCAACGGAGACGUGCCCAUGGAAGAGGCUACCGACUUCAGUGAGGCGGAUAAGAGCGCGCUCGCAGAGGAGCCAGACGACUCUGGGGUCAUUCCCGGCUCCCACUCAGAGAACGCCCUGCACACCAGCGAGGAGGAGGAUGGUGAGGAAGGCAAGGCCCAGAGCUCCCUGGGGUACAUCCCCCUAAUGAGGGUGGUGCAAUCGGUGCGACACACGACUCGGAAGUCCAGCACCACGCUGCGUGAGGGCUGGGUGGUCCAUUACAGCAACAAGGACACGCUGAGGAAGCGGCACUACUGGCGCCUGGACUGCAAGUGCAUCACGCUCUUCCAGAACAACACAACCAACAGAUACUACAAGGAGAUCCCACUGUCCGAGAUCCUCACGGUGGAGCCCGCCCAGAACUUCAGCCUCGUGCCCCCGGGGACCAACCCGCACUGCUUCGAAAUCAUCACAGCCAAUGCCACCUACUUUGUGGGCGAGACACCGGGCGGGGCCCCCGGGGGCCCCCACGGGCAGGGUGCUGAGUCGGCUCGGGGCUGGGAGACGGCCAUCCGCCAGGCCCUGAUGCCUGUCAUCCUCCAGGACGCAGCCAGUGCGCCAGGCCACACACCCCACAGACAAGCCUCUCUGAGCAUCUCUGUGUCCAACAGCCAGAUCCAAGAGAACGUGGACAUCGCCACGGUCUACCAGAUCUUCCCAGAUGAAGUACUGGGCUCCGGGCAGUUUGGCGUGGUCUAUGGAGGAAAGCACCGCAAGACAAGCCGUGAUGUGGCAGUGAAGGUCAUUGACAAGCUGCGCUUCCCCACCAAGCAGGAGAGCCAGCUGCGGAACGAGGUGGCCAUACUACAGAGCCUGCGGCACCCCGGCAUCGUGAACCUGGAGUGCAUGUUUGAGACACCCGAAAAGGUGUUCGUGGUGAUGGAGAAGCUGCACGGGGACAUGCUGGAGAUGAUCCUGUCCAGCGAGAAGGGCCGGCUGCCCGAGCGCCUUACCAAGUUCCUCAUCACCCAGAUUCUGGUGGCGCUGAGACAUCUGCACUUCAAGAACAUCGUCCACUGUGACCUGAAACCGGAAAACGUGCUGCUGGCGUCAGCGGACCCAUUUCCACAGGUCAAGCUGUGUGACUUCGGCUUCGCGCGCAUCAUCGGCGAGAAGUCGUUCCGGCGCUCGGUGGUGGGCACGCCCGCCUACCUGGCGCCCGAGGUGCUGCUCAACCAGGGCUACAACCGCUCGCUGGACAUGUGGUCGGUGGGUGUGAUCAUGUACGUCAGCCUCAGCGGCACGUUCCCCUUCAAUGAGGACGAGGACAUCAACGACCAGAUCCAGAACGCCGCCUUCAUGUACCCGGCCAGUCCCUGGAGCUGCAUCUCGGCUGGCGCCAUCGACCUCAUCAACAACCUGCUGCAGGUGAAGAUGCGCAAGCGCUACAGCGUGGACAAAUCUCUCAGCCACUCGUGGCUGCAGGAGUACCAGACGUGGCUGGACCUCCGGGAGCUGGAAACCAAGAUGGGCGAGCGGUACAUCACACACGAGAGCGACGAUGCGCGCUGGGAGCAGUUCAUGGCAGAGCAGCCUCUUCCUGGAACGUGCCCUGCUGGGGAGCUGGGCAGGGCCUGCUUGCCCCAGGACCAUGAGAUGCAGGGCUUGGCCGAGCGCGUCAGCGUCCUUUGAGGCAAUGUCCCGCCACCGGCUGCUGCCCUAGUCCGGUCCAAGACUGUUCUCAGAGGAUGCGAGAGAACCUGUGGGGGGAGGCUGGGCUGGGAGGAGGGGGUGGGGGUUGUCGUCCUCCUCCUAACCCCCAGGCCGCUCCUUUGUCCCCGGUCAUUAAAACAGACUUUUCUCGGCCUCUGGCAGCACCCCAUUCCUGAGUUGCUGGCCUGUUCUCCAAGAUGGAGCUCUUCGAGCUGAGCAGGAGGCCAGGGCAAGGCAGAGUGGAAAGGCCGGGGAGAGGCGACGAAAGGCAGCCUGUGGUAGAGAUGCAAUAGGAGGCCGUGGGGGCUGGAUGGGGGAGCAAAGCCAGGGAGAAGAGGAGUAAUGGAGGAGAGAGUGGGGGCAUGACCUGGAAGAAGACAAGUGACUAGACUUACCCCUGGAUAGGUCCUGAUAACAACCAUCAUCAAUUAAAAAUUUUACUCGGGGCCAGCAUGGUGGCUUAGCUGCUAAAACUGCUUGCCACACUGGAAGCCCAUGUGGGCAUCAUCUUGAACUCCCGGCUAUGCUGCUUCUGGUCCAGCUCCCUGCUAAGCCUCUGGGAAAACAUCAGAGAAUGGCUCAAGAGCUUGGGUCCCUGCACCCACGUGGGGCACUUGGCGGAAGCUGCUGGCUCCUGGCUUCAUUUCAGCCCAGCUGCUUUACUUCCCAUCCAACUCCCUGCUUGUGGCCUGGAAAAACAGCAUAGGAUGGCUCAAAUCUUUUGGGACCCUGCACCCGUGAGGGAGACCUGGAGGAAGCUCUUGGCUUCGGAUUCACUCAGCCCGGGCCAUUGUCACUGGGGAGUGAAUCAGCAGAUCUUUCUCUGUUCUCCAUCUUUAUGUAAAUUAUGUAAGUUUGUCUUUCUCUUAAAAAAAAAAUCGCACAUGAUGGAGAGAAGGAAAGGACUUUAUCCAAGAAGGGGAGGAGGCCACAAGGUAAGCCCUGGCCUGUGACUCCCACUUCUGAUGCAGCUUCCUGCCAAUGUGCCGAGGAAGGAUGGGCCAAGUGCUACCCACAGGGGAGAACCGGGAGAAGCUCCUGGCUUCAGGUCGGCUCAGCCUUGGUCACUGCAGACAUUUGGGGAGUGAACUGGUGUAAUGAUGAUCUUUCUCUCCCUUUCUGUGGCUGCCUUCCAACUAAAUAAAAUAACCCUUUUUUAAGAAAAUAAUGUAU